CCAUUUCAUUAGUCCGCUGUCGGAAAAUUAUUACGCACAAGUUUUUACAACACCCACCAGAGGAAGAUGGCCACGGUGCUGAAAAACGUGUGCCUGUCAAAAUUCAUUUUGCAAGUUCUUAAUUCGUUAAAAGAUGCCAACCGGGCUUUGGUGCAUAAUAGACAGACGAGCAUUUUUUCGAACAAACGUGUGUUGUCAACGUCAGCUGGUGGACAAGAUGUGAAAUCUGAGACAAAUCAAAGACAAGAAGAUCCACUGCCACUGUUCUGCAGUGAACGAGUGCAAUCUCUUCUGGGUCGUAUCACCGGGUUUGAUGUCACUAAAAUAAAUCGUGUACGUCCAGCAGCCUCAGUGCCACCCGAGUACCAUCUGCUGACAGAAGAACAACUGAAACAGAAACAAGAAUUGGCUGAAGCUGAAGCUCGUGAUCGCCUGCAGAUGCCGCCCUACAUGAAGGCUCGUGAACCAAUCACAGAGGUGCUGAGUAGGGAUAAACAAAUACAGGGGGUGAAUCAGCACAAGUAUGUCUUUACAGACAUCACCUACGCCAUGCUGGACAGGGAACGACAGGUUGUGGUCCGAGAGCCGGAUGGUACAUUGCGGAGAGCAACGUGGGAAGAGAGAGACAAGGUCAACCAAAUAUACAACCCUCAGCCAGGGCGCAAACUCUUUGUCCCCAAAAUGUUUUCACCUGAAAACUUGGAGAAAUUGUUAGCACAGAGAAAAUAUGAGUAUGUUUUGGACCGUGCUUGUGUACAGUUUGAGCCAGACAAUGUGGAGUACAUCAGAGUGACUCAUAGAACUUAUGAGGUGGUGAACAGCCGGCAUGAUUUUGAUGAACUUCGCUCAACUCGGCAUUUUGGUCCAAUGGCGUUUUACUUGGUGUGGCACAAGAACAUUGACCAGCUUCUUGUGGACAUGCUCAAGAGAGACAAACUUGUUGAUGGUGCUGACCUAGUCCAGCUGUUCCAUGCAGUGCACCCAGACUGCGAGUCUGCCCAGGAGUCCACAGGGCUCACAGAUUCCUUACAACUCAUUGAGCUUUAUUGUCAGCGAGAUGCGGUGGAGCGCGGUCAGGUGGAGCUGGCUCUUCAGGCUUAUUAUGCUGAACUGCAGACAGAGAAAGCUGCAUAGAUUAUGACAUCAGAUGGCAAAUCCACCAGGGGAGGGGAACCUGUUACCCAUCCACAAGCAGACAGGUGCUUUUUUAUGGCUGUGACCCUUUGACAUCACAGCUCUGAGUUAGACGCUUUGUCUGUCUGCACAGAAAAUGAGCACGUAUCAGUCUAAUUUGUCUUGUUGAAGCGAUGCGGAGUUUACAUUGCUUCAUGGUGCUUGUGGCAGCUGACUGGUAUGCUCUACAGCUGGACAGACUUUAUACCAAGGAUUUAGUGAUGAUACUGUUUGUUAGUUGAUGGUACAAGUGCAUUUAUGUUGUCAUUGUUUGUGCUGCCCACUCUAUAAAUGGAUAUUUUCAUGCGAGUCUUCUAGCAAGCAUUGCACCACAUAGUAGACCCACACAGCAAGCUGGUGUAACAAAUUGCCCUCUUUCAAAUAGAUUUUCACUACAUCUUGUUUUAACAACGAACCACAAAUGUAUCAGAAAAGAUGUUAUAACAAGCAAGUACUUUUCAACUCAUGUACAAUAUAUGCAGCAACUUAGGUAAAGACCUCCUAUGUAAUCUGUUGAACUGAAAAUUUCAGUAUGUUAUUUCAUUGAUUGUAGAGGGUUACUUUCUGUAUGUAAGUCAAAUUGGCGUAUACAUUUCCAUAAAACAGCUGGAAAUACAGUGAUACUGAAGAUUUUAAUGUUAGAUUCAGGUCAGUUUCAGAAGCAUUGUGGAUUGAUUAUGUUAUGGCGUAAUAAUUAAAGAUACCACAUGUUCCAUUUUGUAUGGACAUUUUUACUGACUCAGAUUUGGAUUAUGUUUGGAUUGCUUUGUCUCCUUUUUUGUGAACAUUAUACUAUAUUAUAUUAUAUGCACAGCAUUUUCGAAUAAAUAAAAUGGAAAAGGUUAUUUCCUGCUACAUUGUCAAAGGACCAAAUCAUCAAGUUUUUAUUAAGACAAUGGGUCCAUUACUUCAGGACGUAUGCUGUUGAGAAUGCCAAGGACGAGGACCGACGCCAAACGGCAAAAUGUAGGCCCCAUCUCUCGGGGACAUAAAUUCAUAUCCAUGAAACUAAACUUCUAUGUAAGGGUGCAACAGCGUAGUCGUG